CAAACAGACUUAAUUUGGACUGAAGGGAUAAAUGGAAGUGCAGAAGAUUUAGGGAUAUAUGAUAUGAAAAGUGGGAACGAAUCAAAUUCCUUACCUCAUUUAGUAGCAAUCGAAAUUGAACAAAAAUCCAGCAACUAGUUCCCAUUUUUAACCAAGUCAAUUGAAGAAUCAAAUCAACCCCUUUCAUUAAUUUCACUACUUUUUUCUUCUUCUUCUUCUUCUUCUUUUUGUUGCAGCACAAAAACCAAAUCUUGAUCUCUUUUAUUUCUUUCUAGAAGCCAUUGAAAGAGCUUUAAACUAUAAAACCCCAAACCAUUAGCCACCUACAAAAACAAAACCCAUCCUUUGAAGAAACCAGAAGAUUCUCCAAAAACCCUAGAAUUUUGUACCAAAGAAAAACUAAAUUCUGAAUCUUGCAAAGACCUGUCUCCUUGUUUAAUGUUAAAACACAUUCCAUCCACACCAGGGAAAUUCAAGAUGGAAAAAUCGCCUUACAUUCUCAAUAAAUCGAGGUGGCACUGGCAUUCCUCUAUUAUGAAGCUCACAUUUUGGUCCUUUAUCUUCUUGGGUUUGAUCUUCAUCUUCUUCUUUCGAUCUCCUUCUUCGAAUCCCAUCCCUCAAGACCCAUCUCGCCGUUCUCUCCGUACCCACAACUGGGGUGGACCCGCUUGGGAAAAACGGGUCCGUUCAUCUGCCCGUAUCCGUUCCCGAAAUGGAAUCUCCGUUUUGGUUACCGGAGCCGCCGGUUUCGUCGGUACCCAUGUUUCGACCGCUUUGAAAAGGCGUGGGGAUGGUGUUCUUGGACUUGAUAAUUUCAAUGACUACUAUGACCCUUCAUUGAAAAGAGCUCGUCAAGCGCUCCUGGACCGCACUGGGGUCUUCGUUGUGGAAGGAGACAUCAAUGAUUCGACCCUUUUAAGGAAACUAUUCGAGGUUGUUCCAUUUACCCACGUUAUGCAUUUGGCUGCUCAAGCUGGUGUCAGGUAUGCCAUGGAAAAUCCUAGCUCUUAUGUGCAUAGCAAUAUUGCUGGUCUUGUUAGUUUACUUGAAGCUUGUAAAUCUGCUAAUCCACAACCUGCAAUUGUGUGGGCCUCUUCGAGCUCUGUCUACGGGCUUAAUAGCAAAGUUCCAUUUUCUGAGAAAGAUAGGACCGAUCAACCUGCUAGUUUAUAUGCUGCUACUAAGAAAGCUGGUGAAGAGAUUGCACAUACUUACAACCAUAUAUAUGGUCUUUCAUUAACUGCAUUGAGGUUUUUCACAGUUUAUGGUCCUUGGGGAAGGCCGGAUAUGGCAUAUUUCUUCUUCACUAGGGAUAUUUUGAAAGGGAAGACCAUAUCAAUAUUUGAGGCAGCUAAUCAUGGUACAGUCGCUAGAGAUUUUACCUACAUUGAUGAUAUUGUGAAAGGGUGUUUAGCAGCAUUGGAUACUGCUGAGAAGAGUACCGGGAGUGGAGGGAAGAAGAAGGGUCCUGCUCAGUUUAGGGUAUACAAUUUGGGGAAUACUUCACCUGUCCCGGUUUCAGAUCUUGUGAGUAUCUUGGAGAGGCUUUUAAAGGUUGAUGCAAAGAGGAAUGUUAUGAAGCUGCCGCAGAACGGAGAUGUCCGGUUCACUCAUGCAAAUAUUAGCUUGGCUCAGAGGGAGCUCGGAUAUAAGCCCUCGACCGAUUUGCAGACAGGGAUGAAGAAAUUUGUAAGAUGGUAUCUCAGCUACUAUUCUGGUGGGAACAAGGCUGCUGGAUAGAUUCAUUGUUUUAUACUGUGGUAGGAUCCUCUUGUUCAUUAUCAUUCUUAUCAUUGUUUUGAACAUUUCUCCGUUCGAUUAUUUGUUGUUUCAUAUAUCUUUAAUGAUGACCUAUAAAAAAAAAGGAUGAUUUUUUGUGAUUAAUGGAGAUUGUUUGCUGGUUGGGGCACACCUUAAAAUCCUCUUUUUACUUAUCCCAUGGAAUGUAAUUGUUGGCAUUGUAGAAUUCAGCAUAUAUGAUGAUUGGUGAACAUGUCUCAUUGCUAUGUAAAUUCCAAUUACACGA